AUCAGAGCUCGACAUGUUGCGUCUUCUACUUAUCCUAGCAGCAUUUGCUAGUCCCGCACUARCCAGYRAAUUWACUUCAGAAGUAGAGAUCGAAUACGGAAAACUUAAAGGAUUCAUCGUUGAACUCAACCACACCGGUGGAGCCAAAGUCGAUAAAUACCUYGGGAUACCGUACGCUAAAGCAGAGCGCUUUGARCCCCCUCAAGCCCCUUCGAAAUGGACCGACCUCAAAAUCAUGAACUCAUCWGGCAAAGUUUGCCCUCAGUAUCCCAAUCCUYAUKCGGCAAAGAACUUCAGUGCAAUGAGCGAAGAUUGCUUGAAUCUAAAYGUGUUUGUUCCGCACAGCUCUGCAAACUCUUCUUCUUUACUACCAGUGAUGGUCUGGRUCCAUGGGGGAGGGUAUGUURGMGGUUCUAAUGUUCCAUAUGAUCCAAGCUACCUUGCUGUGCUCGGAAACGUUAUCGUUGUUGUAAUCAACUAUCGAUUGACCGUCUUUGGGUUUCUUACUAAUGGCAAAGGGGGCGAUAUAAAGGGAAACUAUGCAAUGUUAGACCAGGUGGAAGCGCUGAAGUGGGUACAAAAGAACAUCAAAAAGUUCAAUGGAGAUCCCGAGAAAGUGACCAUAUUUGGUGAAUCUGCUGGGGGUGCCAGUGUGUCCCUCCAUUUGCUCUCCAAGUUGAGCAAAGGUCUCUUCAAACGAGCAAUUCCGCAAUCUGGUGACGCCGCAGGCCCAUGGGCCACAACAACCGCAGAAAAAGUGUCUAAACAUAUGAAACAGUUCGCUAAGAAUAUGAAGUGUUCAGAGGAUUUAAGCAAAUUGAGGGAAUGCUUAAAAGARAAAACCUUYAAGGAAAUCAUAAUGGGAAGUUUGGUUAUUCCUUUUCCUUCUUUGAUUCCCGUCAUUGAUGGACAUUUCCUCGAAGAUGCUCCAAUUGAUAUGUACAAAAARCAAAAUAUCGAGGAGAUUGACCUUAUGUUGGGAGUUACUGAUGACGAAGGGACAAUAUUCGCCAACACUCUAAUACCAGGGUAUAGCRUCAAUAUUACUUAUGGCUUUCCCAGGAGUGAGUUCCUCGAGUCACUCAGGACUACAGGACUUUCUAUUGUGAUACCAAACGAUAGAAAAGUUCUAAUCAAUUCCACAAUCUUCCUUUAUACCAACUGGAAAGACGUCGAUGGCCUGGACAGCAACCGUCGUGGCUAUUUAGACUCACAAGGUGAUCCGAUGUUUGUAGCGCCGGCGGUGUUGGCAGCUGAUGCGUACUCAAAGAAGAAGUCUGCUACAUACCUUUACUUUCUCGAGUAUCGUUAUGAUGGAAAAAUAUUUGGUGUGUCACUCCCCCCUUGGGUCAGUGCGUCACACGGAGCAGAUGUUGGGUUUAUUUUUGAUCCUCUUCUCGACGACCAAUGGAGUGUGAAUGCCAAUUUCUCACGUACUAUGAUCAAGAUUUGGUCGAACUUUGCAAAAACUGG